AUGGCAACACCAAGCAAAGAUUAUCGAUAUUCAGUAGAAUUUAAUAUUCAUGCUGUCGAUGCACCCGGUACUCGUUUGAUAAAAAGAGGUGAUAUUUAUAUCAAUGUAUGCAUAUUGGGUAUGCAUAAACGAACACGGUUGAUGCCAGCUACUUUACCAAUGCAUAUUGAUCAGAAACUUUUUUUUGAAAAAGUUUAUAAAUUUUGUUAUGAUCCUGAAGAAAUACUUCAACGACUCGAACGCGAACAUGUUCUAAUUGAAUUAAUUCAAAAUGAUAUUCCAUCGCCUAUUCUUUUGGCUAGUUUUGAAGCACCUGCAAAAACUUUUCUUUAUCCAUAUUCAUGGGAUCGCCUUGAAUAUACCGGUUUACGUCGUUAUGUUCUGCUUAAUCGAACUAUUGAGUUUCCUGGAAUUUCACCUAGCUUUGAAUUUAGUACAAGUCCUUAUGUUGAUGAUGUAACUGGUCUUACAUUAUCAGCAACAAAAAUACGUCCUGACUUGAAAUUUACAAAAAGAUCAGUUUCACCUACUUGGAAACCAACGUCUGCCUAUGUAACAAGACCUCGUUUGUAUAAUUCGGCAAAUCUUUCACGUUCGAUAACCUCACAUACAAUCUCAUCAGCAAUUAAAAGUGAUCAUGCAAGACCUGAGACUAAAGAAAAAUUACGUGAAUUAAAUGUAGGUCCAGAAAUCGAUUAUGGUAAUGAUAAUAGAGAAAAUGAACGACCCCCAUUCGUUGUGCGUCACGUUAAUAAUGAUCUUAUUGGUCGUAAAGCGGAUGCUCAUGAAGUAUUUAGAGAUACUUUGGUUGUGAAGGAUCGCACAUUAUCGCGACCUUUGAGUUCAACUUCUUUGUAUUCAUUCGAUGAUGGCUUUAAUCGUGCCCGAUCCAUGUCUCCUACUCUUGGUCGAAGUAUGAGUUCAAUGAGAGGGCGAGCUCGUUCACCAUCUCCAUCUCGUCGUUCACUUAAAUUAUCCAAAUCUGUGGAUUUUGAAAGUCGAGAACGCUCACUAUCGCCUUCACGAUAUCUAUACAAUGAUGAUACAGGAGAUAAUGAUAUCUACGCCAGUAGUCCACCACGUCAUCUGAUGAGUCCUACAUUACUUCGUGAUUCAUUUCGUAAUCGCUAUCGAUAUUCACCAGCAACCGAUCUUAGUGAUAAGGUUAUUCAUACUCUUCGACGUAAUCUCAGUUCUUAUAAUACACGACCAUGGCCUUAUUAUUCUGCAUUGUAUCGUUAUCCGAAUGGGCAUUUGGACGAUGAUUAUUUACUCGAAAGAAGUCUUCAACUCACGCAAGCUUAG